AUAAAAAUAGUAACAACAAUAAUAACAACAAUCAUAAUACUAUCAACAAUUAUCAUAAUAAUUGCGACAGCAAUAUCAAAAAAAAACAUUGAAGACCGAGAAAAAAGAUCACCAUUUGAGUGCGGGUUUGACCCCAUGGGAUCUGCACGACUCCCGUUUUCCUUACGAUUUUUCCUAAUCGCAAUUAUAUUUCUAGUAUUCGACGUAGAAAUUGCACUCCUAUUACCAAUAACAAUCGUGAUAACAAGAUCAAACAUAAUAUCAUGAGCCACAAUCAGAACAUUAUUUAUUGUAAUCCUAAUCAUCGGGUUAUAUCACGAAUGAAAUCAAGGAUCCUUAGAGUGAGCAGAAUAA